AUGCAAGCCGCGGCGGCGCCCGGGAGGGCCGGUGAAGAGCAGGCGGCCAGCGAUGGCGGCGGUGCCAGCCACCGGGACAGCGGCCAGGCCGCCGCGCACGGCGCAGCCAGGAGUGGCAGCGGCCAGGAGGGCAGGGCUGGGGGGAACGACAACAGGCAGGACGGCGCCGGGGGUGGGGAGCAGCUGGCAGGCGCCGCGCCUCACGCACCGGCCGCCCCUCCGGGCACCGUCGUACCAGCAGCGGCCGAGGGAGGAGCCUGCACAGCCGCCGACGCAGCGCCGAGCCUGCUUGAGGCCGUAGGCUCUGCUGCGGUGCCGGCGCCGCAGCAGGAGCGGCGCGAGGGCGGCACCCACGGCCAGGCGCCGCCGCCCGCGGCGGCGGCGGCAGCGGCGGUCCCCACCACUCAAGCCUCUGAGCUGCCGCCUGCAGGCUCCUCUCGUACCUCCCAGCUCAGCGGGGCCACGGCGCAGCUGCUGGGCGCGCUGGGCAGCCUCAGAGGGCUGUCCCAGCAGCCCAGCGUGAGGCAGCAGCCCCAAGCGCAGGCCGGCGGCGGCGGCGCGGCAGCGACGGCGGCGGCGGCAGCGGCGGGCGCCCACCCCCUGGGCAAGGCCGCCACCUGGCUGCCGCGCAGGGCUUCCGCUCCGAUGGCAGUGCCGGGCCCAGCAGAAGCAGAAGCAGCGGCAACGGCAGCGGCAGCAGGUGCAGCAGCAGCUGCCACCCAGCACUGCGCCGCCGGCGCGGCGCAGCCUGCAGGAGAGGCCGGGGCGGGGGCCGCAGGCGUGCAGGGCGGGCCCGCCUCCGGGCCGGCGCCCCAGCCCUUUGUGCGGCCGGCGACGGCAGGCGGGCCGGCCCGGGCUUUCCCUGUCGAUCCAGCAGCCCCGGUAGCAGCGGCAACAGCAGCAGCACCGGCACCCACGCCAGCGGCGGCGGCGGCUGCUGCGCGGCCCGCGGCAGGCGACCCGCUGUCGCCGCAGCUGGAGGGUCAGGCGUCGCUGGCGGCGGCGCUGCUGGGCUCCAUGCGCUGCCAGCAGCAGCAGCAGCCGGCGGCGGCGCCGCCGCCGUUUGUCGCCAGCCGGUGCCCGCCGGGCGGCGAGGUGGCGCCCGGCACCGAGGCGGGGCUGCGUGCGCUGCGCCUGCUGAGCCAGCCGCUGCCCACCACCCUCGAAGGCUCCAUCUGCCGCGUGGAGCUGCCGCUGGCGGCCAGCGUGAUGCAGCUGCUGCGCGUGCAGCAGCAGCUGAGCUGGCAGCGCCACGCGCUGCUGCACGCGCUCGUCGCGCCGCCGCAGCAGCCGCAGCAGCCUGUGCGGCGGCGGAUGCCGGGGCACGGCGGCGGGCCCGCCCGCCACCACAACACCCAGAAGCACCAGCAGCACCAGCAGCACCAGCAGCAGCAACAGCAACAGCAACAGCAACAGCAGCACCAGCCGUACCAGCAGCAGUACCAGCAGCAGCACUACCAGCAGCAGCAGCAGCUGGACCCUCACCAGGCCGCCUCGCUGCUGCGCCAGCUGUCUGCCCCGCCCCCGCAGCAGCCCUCGCCCGUGGAGCGGCAGCAGAGCUGGGGGCGUCCGCCCUCGGCGCCGCUCCAGCUGCAGGCGCAGCCGCAGGCACAGCUGUCGCCGCCGCAGCAGCAGCAGCAGGCACUCUACCCUCAGCCGCAGCGGCCGGCCUCGGCGCCCUCCCAGCAGCAGCCGCAGCAGCAGCAGCCGUCGCGGGAGGGCCAGCAGCAGCCGGCUUCAGACGAUGCAGAGCUGGCGGCGACUCUGGUAGCGAUGCAUGCAAGGGAAGGGGAGGGCGAGGGCGCGGCGGGGCGCAAGCGGCCGCACAGCGGCGGCGCCGACGCCCGGCCCGCCUCCCGGCCCCGGCUGGAGCCCGAGGCUGCCAGGCUGCACCCGGUGCCUCCUGGCAGCGGCAACCCCCAGCCCGCGGCGCCGGCGGCGGCGGCCCCUCCCGGCGCCGCGCCCGGCUCGGCGCCGCCGGCCCCGCCCUCGCCGCUGCUGCUGCCCGGCGGCGCGGCGGGGCGCGUCAGGCCGCUGCCGCUGGGGCUGGUGGCGCGCAUGCCGCUGCAGCAGGUGCAGCAGCUUCCCUGGGAGCUUCUGCCCCUGGAUGAGGUACAGGCGCUACCAAUAGAGCAGGUACUGCAGCUUCCAGCAGGGCUGCGGGACCUGCUGCUGGUGGUACUGGACAAGCUGCGCCAGGUGCAGGCGGUGCAGCGGCAGGUGCAGGCGCAGCAGCAACAGCUGCAGGCCGGCGGCACGUCCCCCGCCGCGGCGGCCGCCGCGGCAGCCAGCCCGCUGGCGGCCCCGCCGCCGGCCGCCGCGCCCGGCCACGCCGGCGCCGUGCAGCCGUCGCCUGCGGCGCUCAUGGCGCUCCUGACCAUGCUUGCCAGGCAGCUGCCUGGGCAGGGCGGGCCACCGCCGGCGGGAGCAUGA